AGUGGGUUGAUGUUAAACUACCCGCCAGACAGAAGUAGGAUCCUGUCUGAAUAUUCAACGAUACAUAAUCAUGGGUAAUGAUAAUCUGGACGCACUACGGAAAAUGAUACCUAAGACUUAUAAUCACAGGAAACACGUUGCAUUAGAAAUAUGGGUUGUACUUUCCCAGUGCAAAGGUCUCCAGGCCAUGAUGGAUAAAUAUGUUUUCAAUGAUGGAAGUGUGAGGGACUUGAUGAGCCUAACAGGAACCAUUCCUGUCACGUUUAAUGGUCAAAAGUAUAACAUCCCAGUGCAACUUUGGUUGGAGGAGAGUUACCCGGGGUCGGCUCCCAUGUGCUAUGUUAAACCUACCCAGGAGAUGAUGAUUGUGAGAAGCAGACACAUCAACAGCAAUGGAGAAGUCCUUCUACCUUACCUAGAGGAGUGGAAACACACUGAGUGUGAUCUGUUCAGCCUGGUCCAAGUGAUGUCUGCAAUAUUUGGAGAGAUUCCUCCUUUGUGUAUUAGGCCGGGUGUGGAACCUGAUCAAGCUACUUGUUCACAACAAUCCCAGAGAUACACAGGGGCGAGUUCAGAUGCAGGAACUUCCAGCAUAUCUUUGAUCAGUGAAGAUGAUCCUCCUUUCCAAGAAGACAAUGAAACUAACUGCUAGUAUUUUUUUUUAUGUUCUGAGGAAUAUUGCAUGUUAAAUAUACCAUUGAAUAUUUCUAGCGUGUGAUAACAAGCAUUAGGGUUUUUUCUUCUCAAUUUGACACCAUCCUAUGGCCUUGAAGCUGCGGCAUUUUGAGUAUCUGAAAUGUCAUAAUACUAUCGUAAGAAUAAGAUACAAAACAUUAAUUGUGAAAACAUUAUGAAACAGGCAUUAUAAAACAUACGUUGCCUGGAUAGUGUAUGAUAACUGAAUACUUGAUAACUGCACUACAGACUGUAGUAAGGUUUAGGACAUUCCUUUUAUCUUUUGAAAUAAUUGUGUACCUUCACAACCCACUUGUUUCAAAGAAUAAUGAGAGUGCUUGAUAUUAAAGCAUUUCCCCCCUGACCUAAUUUGUGUACAUAUUGACAUCAGUAGGAUUGUUUUACAUUUUGUAUUGUAAUUGUUUGUGGUUGUAAAAUUGUACAU